ACCAUAACUCUUCUUGAAGUGGAUGGCUCUAUUUAAUUGAAUAUAAAAUGUGAUAGUGCAUCUAUAAUGUCAAUGACAAAAUAAGAAUGUGAAGACUUUAAUUCAUUUACAUUUUCCUACAACAAUGAAACUAACUACGAGUUAAUCGAUUUUAGCUAAGAAGAAUGAUUCACAUGCUUUCACUUUUGCGGAUAAAUUUUCCGCAAUAUGACUGUGGGUGUGAUCAAAAGUAUUAGCACAAAUGGCGGUAAUUAUAUGGAUGGCUGUGGAUGUACUUCAAUACCACUGUUUGUGAACUCCGUCUCCGAGAGUUUUAUUAGCAAAGAACAGUGCAGAUUUUGUUUUAAAUGCGAACUUUUAUCUCCGCAUUUAGGUGAUCAUAAAAGUUCAUCGAAAACAUAGCCUAGGUUGGAUGUGAUAUUUCGAACAUUUUCUAUUUCCGGCUUUGUGUAAUAUCUAUAUUAUCUCCGUGCUUAUCGCAGAAUCCAUACGACUUGGUGUAUCAGCCAAAAGAUCCAUGGAAAUUGUAAAUGGCUGGGUUUAAAUCAAUUUACGACUAAGUAUUCGGAUUUAUAUAGUUUGUAUGUGUUUCUUGAUCUAUUAUUUUUAAUUUUAAUAUUACUUGCUUUGUGUAU